AUGUCCCCUAAAGCGCAGUGCGCCCCCAGUGACCUGCGCACAUCCAGAGACGCGCUGACGCUCAGCAGGUUUUCUCGCAGCCCUGUGAAUGAAGCUGGGGACACUUCCGGUGAAAAGCUGCUUCAGAAACCUCCGCCUGAAGCCUCCUCAGUGAAAAGCCUAAAACACAGAGGCAGGUGUGAGCAGUCCGGACAGAAGGGCCGGCGCAGGAUGAAGGCGAACGACAGAGAGCGCUCCCGGAUGCACAACCUGAACUCGGCUCUGGACGCGCUGCGGAGCAUCCUGCCGGCGCUGCCCGAAGACGCGAAGCUGACCAAGAUCGAAACUCUGCGCUUCGCCCACAACUACAUCUGGGCUCUGACUCAGACUCUGCGCAUGGCCGAGCAACGCGGACACGCGCCGGAAUACUCCGGGUCUGAUCUGAGCAGCCCGCUGAGUGUUUCAUCCGCCGAGUGGGACUCAGCAUCACCUGCAGAGUCUGCUUAUGGGACCUCAGCUGACUUUGACCCCAGAAACUGUUUCACUUCCGCUCAACAAAUGAAGUGUAAGAUUUUAACAAGAGAUCAGUCCAGUGUUACCUUUUAUUUCAAGUCAUUUGGUGGUGAGAGUGGCGGCACAAACACUUGGCACUGUUGACUUUUCAUGAGGAAAUAUGAAUGACCGCCAGUAUGUCAAGGUGCCCCGAUAGGCCGAUUAUCGGCACCAGCCGGUUUGGUUUGUUGUCUGCAAUCGGCCUGAAUGAUGUUGAUUUUGACAUAUGUGUUGUAUUAAUUUUGCACUGGCUAAAU